AUGUCGCAGCCAGUAUCCCACGCCUCCAACACGACGACAAGCGGGUCACUGCUCCCUGCCCACCUUCAAAAGGUGGUGGACGCCCGAGGUACCCAGUACGCUGCGGUAUCAGCAUUCCUCCUUUCAUGGGAGAAAGAUAAUACAGAUGCAGCUAGCGAUAUCCGGUCUAUGUCAGCGCUAUUGCAAGACGAAUUCGGUAUCACCUCCAAACUGUGCAUGGUACCAGAAUCAGACCGGACGCCAGGUUGGACGCUCAGGGCCGCACUUGCAAAUGCCACCGGGAAACUUACCCCAACCUCUGGAGAUAAAAAAUCUCUUUUCAUCUUCUAUUACGUCGGACAUGGAUAUGUGGACCGGUCUAGAGGUCUCCUCUUCGCGUCAGGAGCAGCAAACUCGAAGGAAAUACCAUGGGAUACUGUCCGAAAUUCGGUGUUUCUAAACGACAGUUCAAUUGACCAUAUUGACGCCCUCGGUAUUCUCGACUGCUGUUAUGCCGGCUCGGCAAGAGCCGGUUCGACGAGAUCGAUGCAGGUCUUAGCUGCGUGCGGCCCGAACCAACAGGCGAGAUCCCGGACUGGAGGUGCCUCCUUUACAGUCCGGCUUGGCGUGGCCGUACGAUCACUACGCUCGCAGGGGAUACCGAUCGUUACACCUGCCGCAAUUUUCUCGGAAAUUGAACGGCAGAAGCCAAGCGGGCUAGUCCCGUCAUGCCAUUUAUCAGUCCUGGGUGGCUCACACCCCAUCGCCCUGGCGUUCGUGAAGAAAAGAACGUCAACGGCAAGCAGAAUCCCUGUCGCGACCAGAGUGACCGACCGUGACAAGAAUGUCCUUGUCAGUCUAACACUCAGCGGUCAACACAAGGAAGCGACGAAGGAGUUCCAGCGGAUCAUUCAAAAUCUGCCUGGCCAUCUAGGCGUCACGCUUGUGGACGCCUAUGAAACAGAUGCAUCCGCCCUUGUUCUUGCGAGGAUGAGUCUGGAGGUGUGGGCGCGUCUCAGCCAUCACCUCGAUCUCGAUUAUAUUGGGGUCAUUAUUGGGCCGAGUCUAGUUCACAGGACUGAAAGCGACUUGCGCCACACGAAAGUGGAGAACAUACCACCUACUUCCUCAUCCCGAAAGCCGUAUCGUUGA